AGGGCACUGAGGAGAGAAGUGACCGAGCCAUCGAGCUGGGGAGACGAUGUCCCUCCAGUAGGGACGGGAAGAGAGAGACUCUUCUUAGGAGGGGUAUUGAUCCAAGUGGGAUUGCCCCUCAAGACUUUGCUCCAGGACUAUCAGGCUGGACUCCAGGCCUGACAAAUAGAACGUGAGAGAUUUCUUUUAUUCACAAAUUUUAAAUCUCAUUGAAACAGAUUGCGAAAUCCUUUGUUAUACAAGAUUACAAUUAAUCCAUAAACCUGGAAUAGAGGGAAGGACGGUAUGCAUUGUGUACUAAUUAAUAGGUAGGGGAGUGCUCCUACCAUGCAGAUCUGCAUUUGAUUCCUCAAGGCCUGUCUUUUAUUCCCAGGAUGUUAGGAGGAGAGAUCACUUAAAGGCUUGAUAGAACAAACAAUUCUUUGUAUAUAAAGGGCUCUUUAAAACAGUGUGGUGAACUGUGCAUCCUGAUUCUGAAAUUGAGCUGAAGUCCAUUUAACUGAAAUUCUGAAAAUUCCUCUUGGGUUUCAUCACAUUCUCUCGGGUUCCAUCAUUAAUAUCCUUAAUAUUACUUUAUUGCUAGUUUCCCAGUCCUUCAGGCCCUUAUCUAAGGGGCUGAUCCUGCAAGUCCUUACUCAGGCCCACCACCCACUGAAUUCAGUGGCACUAUUUCCUGAAUGCAGAAUCAGAGCCCCAUUGUGCUUACUAACCAAUAGCAUCUGACUACCCACAUCCAUAAGUAACCAGUUGAUCCCUUUUAAACUGCUCUGUGUUAGAGAGAUCUGCAGUAUCCUUAUGUAGUUAGGUACUCUCUAUUCCAGCUCUGCCUUCAGAUGUGGUUAGGGGGGUGGAAUGUUUCAAACAGUUGCUAUGGUCACACAGUAGCUUGUGGAGCUGCCCGAGUAGCUGAGAACCUGCUGCAUCAGCUGCUACAUGGUUUCAUGUCUAACUGAGACAGACUGGAUUUCGAGGAUGAAGUCCAGCCUAAUGCAUUUGAUUCCUCCAGUGAGUAGGGACAGAAUAAUCUCCCACUUCCCCAAGUGGUACACACCAGAGGCCUGUCUCCAGUUCAAAGACCACUUCCAUGCACUGGUCAGGAGUGCCUGUCAGCAACGCAACACUGGGACAGUUGGGCUGAAAAUAUCCAAAGUGGUUGUGGUAGGAGACCUCUAUGUUGGGAAAACCAGCCUCAUCAACAGGUUUUGUAAAGAUAUUUUUGACCGAGACUACAAAGCAACCAUUGGAGUGGAUUUUGAAAUUGAACGGUUUGAAAUAGCUGGAGUGCCAUAUAAUCUCCAGAUAUGGGACACAGCAGGUCAGGAAAAGUUCAAGUGCAUUGCAUCUGCUUACUACAGAGGAGCAGAGGUUAUUAUAACAGUGUUUGAUCUGGCUGAUAUCCAGACUUUGGAACACACGAAGCAGUGGCUAGAGGAUGCAUUGAGGGAGAAUGAGCCAGGGUCCAGCUUCAUCUUUCUGGUUGGAACAAAGAAAGAUUUAGUGUCAGGUGCCGCAUGUGAGCGGACCGAACUGGAUGCCAUUCGCUUUGCCAAUGAGAUGCAGGCUGAAUACUGGUCUGUCUCAGCAAAAACAGGGGAAAAUGUAAAGGAGUUUUUUUCUCGAGUUGCUGCCUUGGCCUUUGAACAGUCUAUGCUGAAGGAGCUGGAGAAGAGCAAUGGUCGCAUGGCCCAGAUCGGAGCAGGAAACCUCAUCAAAAUAGAAGGAAAUUCCCCAGAGACUCCAGAAAGCAACAGCCAAGCCAGCCUGAACUGCUGCUAGCUGCCAUUCAUUUCUGCAAGCAUCAUACUUCCAUAUGCAUGUGCGUACAUCUGCAUGGUGCACCUGCAGCGGGGAAAGCUCUUAAGCGGCUUCCAGUUGAGAGAUGGAAAGUCAGUUUAUCUCAGAAGAGAAUGGAGGAGCUGAAAAUGAUUCAAGCAACUUCCCUUCAGACAGAAGAUCUCUCUCCCACCCCUUGCUUUGUGCUCUCCUUGUGCAGGUGGCACAAUGGUACGAUGGUACAUAAAUCUUCCCUGUGCAAUGGGGAGAUUGCUUGUGUGAUGCCCUGAGGGAUGGCAGGCUGUCUUUACUCAAGGGGAUGGAAUCAACCGAACUUUUCCACCUGCUACCAGGAGGGGAAAAAAAAAAAAGUUCUGUACUUGUAUUAUGUUCUUAGUAGCCAUCAGAACUCUUUAAUCUUGGACAGUGAAGUCCAGGCCCUGUUCUUGUGGGAACAGAAAACACAUGGCAGUGCUGAUUAUUGUGGUGUUUUGUCUUUUAAACACAAAAUGCUUGUACAAAAUUAUGCUGACUUGCACGCAAGCACACCCAGUUUACCAUGAUAGAGCUGAGAGAAAUAUUCCUCUUGUUUCUGGGAUCAGGAUAUCUGCUUUCAGGAUAUCUGUCAAUGCUUUGUAAUUUUUAACUCUAUACAUAUUCUUCUUCCAGUGGAUGCAGACCAGAAUCCCACUCAAGUGUGUGUGUGUGUGACCAGUGUGCUGGAGUAGUACUCAUCAGAGUGACACACAUGCCUUGAGCCUCCUCAUGGCUCCUCCUAAGGCUGUAUAAGGCUGAUGCCACCUUGAUCCCCCUCAGUCCCUUCUUAUCACUCAUGGCAUGAGUCGCAACUUCCCAUGUGGUUCUCCUCAUGGUUUUUUUCUGCUACAUAGUUAGCUCUUAACUUCAUUACAUCUGUAAAUAUCAGUAUAAAAAUAUUGCUCAGGCAUGCAGGAGUGAAAUCAGGAAGGCCAAAUCACACUUGGAGUUGCAGCUAGUAAGAGAUGUUAAGAGUAACAAGAAGGGUUUCUUCAGGUAUGUUAGCAACAAGAAGAAAGUCUUACUGAUUGAGAGAGGAAACCUAGUGAUAGAAGAUAUGGAAAAAGCUAAUGUACUAAAUGCUUUUUUGCUUCUGUCUUCACGAACAAGAUCAGCUCCCAGACUACUGCAUUGGGCAGCACAGCAUGUGGAGGAGGUGACCAGCCCUUUGUGGAGAAAGAAGUGGUUCAGGACUAUUUAGAAAAGCUGGACGAGCACAAGUCCAUGGGGCUGGAUGCGCUGCAUCCAAGGGGCUAAAAGAGUUAGCGGAUGUGAUUGCAGAACCAUUGGCCCUUAUCUUUGAAAACUCUUGGCAAUCGGAGGAGGUCUCAGAUAACUGGAAAAAGGCUAAUGUAGUAUCCUUUAAAAAAGGGAAGGAGGAGGAUCUGGGGAGCUACAGGCCAGUCAGCCUUACCUCAGUCCCUGGAAAAAUCAUGGGGCAGGUCCUCACGGAAUCAAUUCUGAUGCACUUAGAGGAGAGGAAAGUGAUGAGGAACAGUCAGCAUGGAUUCACCAAGGGCAAGUCAUGCCUGACUAACGUAACUGCCUUCUAUGUUGAGAUAACUGGCUCUGUGGAUGAGGGGAAAGCAGUGGACGUGUUAUUCCUUGACUUUAGCAAAGCUUUUGAUACAGUCUCCCACAGUAUUCUUGCCAGCAAGUUAAAGAAGCAUGGGCUGGAUGAAUGGACUAUAAGGUGGAUAGAAAGCUGGCUAGAUCAUCGGGCUCAACUGGUAGUGAUCAAUGGCUCCAUGUCUAGUUGGCAGCCAUUAUCAAGCGGAGUGCCCCAGGGUUCAGUCCUGGGGCUGGUUUUGUUCAAUAUCUUCAUUAAUGAUCUGGAGGAUGGUGUGGAUUGCACCCUCAGCAAGUUUUCAGAUGACACUAAACUGGGAGGAGUGGUAGAUUGUUUGGAGGGUAGGAAUAGGAUACAGAGGGACCUAGACAAAUUAGAGGAUUGGGCCAAAAGAAAUCUGAUAAGGUUUAACAAGGACAAAUGCAGAGUUUUGCACUUAGGAUGAAAGAAUCCCUUGUACUGCUACAGACUAAGACUGAGUGGCUAGGCACAAGUUCUGCAGAAAAGGACAUAGGGGUUAUAGUGGAUGAGAAGCUGGAUAUGAGUCAGCAGUGUGCCCUGUUGCCAAGAAGGUUGACGGCAUUUGGGUCUGUAUAAGUAGGGGCAUUGCCAGCAGAUCGAGGGACGUGAUCAUUCCCCUCUAUUCGGCAUUGGUGAGGCCUCAUCUGAAGUAGUGUGUCCAGUUUGGGGCCUCACACUACAAGAAGGAUAUGGAAAAAUUGGAAAGAGUCCAGCAGAGGGCAACAAAAAUGAUUAGGGGGCUGGAGCACAUGACUUACGAGGAGAGGCUGAGGGAACUGGGGUUGUUUAGUCUGCAGAAGAGAAGAAUAAGGGGGGGAUUUGAUAGCUGCUUUCAACUACCUGAAAGGGGGUUCCAAAGAGGAUGGAUCUAGACUGUUCUCCAUGGUACCAGAUGACAGAACAAGGAAUAAUGGUCUCAAGUUGCAGUAGGGGAAUGGGUUACCUAGGGGGAUGGUGGAAUCUCCUUUCUUAAAGGUUUUUAAGGUCAGGCUUGACAAAGCCCUGGCUGGGAUGAUUUAGUUGACGAUUGGUCCUGCUUUGAGCAGAGGGUUGAUGACCUACUGAGGUCCCUUCCAACCCUGAUAUUCUAUGAUUCUAUGAUGGUGUGCUUGCCUAGGGAUUCAAGUGUCUUUUACUCUCAUCUGUCUCCAAAUUCCCUGGUAAUCUUGACUGCUAUUGAGAAGUCAAGGCAAGAAAGGUUCAAGUCAGCACUCAAAGAAAGAGAACUGAAAAGAAUGAGUGCCUUGGGCAGAAAGAUUUAUUCUAAGUCAUUUCUCCAAAUGCAAAUGGCUAAUCAACAGGUGAUGUUAGCUAAGUAUGAUUUUUCAUACCUGGGACGCUUGUCAAAAUUUACAAAUAAACUCCCUGAGGACUCCGGGGAAGAGUUCAAAGCCUUUUUGGCAGAGGGCCAUCUGGUCACAAAGACAUCUCUUCAAUCUACCUUGGAUGUUGCAGCUGGUUCCUCUAGGACUAUGGCCUCUGCAAUGAUAAUGAGAAGAGUUUCAUGACUAUAGAACUGUGGGAUAGCCCACCACAUACAACAGUAUAAAAGACCUUCCCUUUGGGCAUUUCCUAUUUUCAGAUAAAAUUGAUGAAAUAUUGCACUCAUUUAAAAGACUUCCAAGCAACCCUCUGCUUCUUAAAGUGUUUGUCUCAGUGUCCAAGAAAAGACACAUAACUCCCUGCAUAUCCAGUACUCCUAGUAGUACUGUAAAAUCCUUUCUACACACCCAGGCAAGUUGACAUGCUGAAAAGUACGCAUAGACCUCAAGAGAAGAAGGUCUACUAGCUCAGACUCCAACCAGCAGGCCCAUUCUCAGACAUCUGCGAGGAAAAUCUGCCAUUUGACUUUUCCAGUGAGGACAGCAACCUAGUCAUUCACAACCCACACAAUAUUGUCUCUCCAUUUGGGAGCAAACUAUCUCGCUUUCUGGAUAAUGACAGACAAGUGGGUCCUAAGUACCUUGAAACUGGGAUAGUCAAUCCAAUUCCUUUCCAUUCCUCCUUCCCCGUCCUUUUUCAGGGACCCAACUCACAAGCCUCUGCUCCUUCAAAAGGUCCAGAUGCUGCUUGCUGUAAGGGCUGUUGAAGAAAUUCCCAUACAGUUUCAAGGAAAGGGGUUUUAUUUGGACAUUUUCUAAUUCCCAAGUCCAAGUGUUGUCUGAGGCCCAUUUUGAACCUUUACAGUCUCAACAAGUUGACUAAAUAAGUGAGAUUCUGCAUGGUUUCCCUGACAUCUAUCCUCCCACCUCAGGAUUGGAACAAUUUGUUUGCUGUUCUCAAUCUUCGCAACGCUUGCUUCCACAUCACAGUGAUACCAAGUCAUAGGAAGUUUCUCAGAUUUAUGGUAGUGAGGAGACACUAUCAAUACACCGUUCUUCCCUUUGGCCUAUUGUCUGCUCCUCAUGUGUUUAUGAAAUGCAUAGCAGAGGUGUCAGCAUUCUUGAGAAGGAUUAAGAUGCAUAUCUUCCCUUACUAGAUGAUUGGCUCAUCCAGGGCACAUCACUCUCUGAGGUCCUCAAUCAGCUCCAAUUCAUUCUCCAUCUCUGACUGGCUAGGGCUCAUGCUGGACAAAAAGAAGUCCACAUUAGUGCCUGUGAAGAGGCUGAAAUUCAUUGGGUCUUUGCUUGACUCUAUGGUAGUGAGGGCCUUUCUCUCUUGAGAGGUUUUGACUAUUUACAGUUUUUGUGUGUCCCUCAGGUGUCACCUGUCCACUAUGGCCAGAGCAUGUCUUACAUUGUGACAUCACAUGGCUCCAUGUAUGUAUGUGACCAUGCAUUCCAGACUGCAUAUUCAUCCUCUACAUACAAACAUGGCUAAAAUUGGUUUACCAACCAAGCAGACAUCUGGACAAGUUAGUCCAAGUUCCUCCUGUAGUCUUACACUCUGUGGAGUAGUGAAUGGACUAGGACAUCGUAUGUGCGGGGAAUCCCUUUUCUUGUUCCCUUCCAACUAGGACAGUUAUAACUGACAUUUCUACAUUAGGCUGAGAUGCUCACCUGGGUGGUUCAUGGGGGCCCAAGGGGUAUGGACAUACCAGGAAGAGAGGCUUCAUAACGUUCCAAGAGGUUUUACAUAACAGAAGGGAACAAUCAACUAGAUCCACCUAAGUGGAAGUGUUCUUCACUUUUGAAUUCUGCUCAAGGGAUUCAGUCAAUAAGGGUGAAUGUCCAGGACAAAUUUUCUGGCCCUUUCUUAACUUCAGUGAAGCUUCACCUGGCAGCCAUUUCUGCCACUCAAGGAAGAACAGUGUUUUCCAGUCCUACGGCUACAAAAUUUCUCAAGUAAUUUACAUGUCUGUUUCCACCUGUAAAAGCAUCAGUUCACCUUAACACAAUGUUAGUCACUCUCAUGGAAAUCUCCAUUUGAACCUUUUUGGCUAUUUGCUCCUGGGCACAUUUGUCCUGGAAGAUGACCUUCCUUAUCGCCAUCACAUCUGUGAGGAGAGUUGGCAAGCUGAGAGCAUUAGUGGUAGAUCAGUUUUUAAGGACAAGAUGGCUCACCCAAAGUUUUUAACUAAAGUAGUGUCAACCUUCCACCUUAAUAAGAUGCUAUACCUGGGUCCUGUGUUCUUUCCGAACCUGCAUGCCAGUUGGGAAAAAGAGUGUUUUACAUACCUUGGAUGGAAGAUGGGCAUUGGCCUUUUUUCAUAGACAGAGGUAAUUGUUUAGAUUCUCCUUGACUUUUUGUUUCUUAUGAGGAUAGGAUGAAGGGCCAAGUGGUCUUGACUCAAGACAGUCUGUAGAUGGGUAGAUUCUCUCAAUGAUGUACCUUUUCUGGACACUUGGGAGGCUGCUGCCUGGUCCUACAUAUAUAUGUACAUACGUACAUACAUAUAUUCACUUGUCACUAUGCGAUUGCAACAGCUUCAAGGGAAGAUGCGAACUUUUGGCAAGGUCACUGUUCAAAUAGAGUCCAAGCCUUGCCAUCUACGAUACUGCUUGUGAGUCACCUGAAGGGAAUACACAUCUGCAUCCACUUGAAUAAAAGAGAACACUUACAUACCUGUAUUGUAACUGUUUGUCCUUUUGAGAUGUAGGUGAAGAUGUGUAUUCCAUAACCAACCUGUCAUCCCCUCUGCAUCAGGGUUUUAGGCCACUGGCUGGUGCAAAGGAGCUGAGGUAGAUGAGGGCAGCAUCAUCCUUAUGUAGCCGCAGGAGGGGUCGUAAGGAGGUUCAGGGCAUGUGCAUCACCUCAACAGGUAUUGCUGUGGAAAACAUUUCUGGCUCCGACAUGUUGAGUGCGCGCGCACAAACAUCUGAAUUGACUACAUUUCUGCAUCCACAUCUCUAAGAACAACAGUUACAAGUAAGUAAUGGUUCUUUUCCUGUGUAAUGAGUUAGGGUCUGAGACAAUUUUUACAUUUUGCCUUUAUAAUUUUUUUAGAAGCAUUUCAUGUCUGCUGAAAAAAAGGCCUUAAUCCUGCUCCCCUCUACUUCCUUUACUUAUUUGGGUGGCAGAUCUUUCCUUGUGCCAUCAGAAUCUGGUCCUAUGGAUACAACUUCAGGGUAAAAAUCAAAAAGGGAGAAUCCACUGAAUGGAGGAAGCUGUGAAAUUAUGUAAUAGGUACAGUAAAGGAGAACACAUACACACUGAUAGGAAAGGAAAUUUGAGGUUAUAGCAAUAUUCUGAUAAUGAUUUUUUAUUGAUCUAGUGUCACUGUGUUUCUGCCUUUGACAUUUAAGGUGGGCAGAACCAGAACCUAGGAUCCAAAUAUUCCGAAACUUUGUGGAAGUCCAGAUGUGAAGUUUCCAGUUUAAUUCCAUCUCUGUUUAACAUUUCAAAGGCUUGAUUGUUCUCAACCUUGUGCUUUAUGUAGUCAUGUGUAUCUGUGUAAAAUAGUACCAGCUCUUUUAUAUAUAACCAGAAUACUAUAAUUUUUCACACUUUGUGCAUGUGUGAAUGGCAACAGAAAGUGCAAGGCACAGGAGAAUCAGAUUCCAUGUAUUCUGUAAUUCCAGAGGAAGUGGGUUUACACUUUCCCCUCCACUUCUUUUUCAUAGAUUCCAUCUACGCUACAAGUCUAACCAGUCACAGCUAGUAUAAGUGACAUGUUCUAAUGUCUUUUUUUGUUAAUAAUAUAGAUGGACAUGGUUUUUUGAAGCAUGUUACAGCUGAAGUAAUGAACUUGGUCACCCCUCUCCAUGCUAGAUAACUGUGAGCUGGUAAGGUUAGAUGCUACAGUGUGGCUGGGCGUAUAAUUGGUUUGACUGCCCUCGCUGGAGAAAGUGUUCCAGUCCCUUGACGCUAGUGGUAGAGAAGCAUUUUUUCCUUAUUUUCAUAUUACUUUUACCAAAAUUGUGUGUGUUUGUGUACUUGCAUGCUUUCUACAUAGAAAGAGAGUGAGAGUUUUCCAGUACAGAAACCCCAACAUGCUUGCUGUGUGCAGGUCUCUUAAUUGAAUGGCUGUUGCAGAACAAGCACUCUCUACGUGAUUGCUGCAGCCUGGUUAGCUUGUCAGGUCAUGCACCUUCCCUGGUUUCCUCUAUUAUAUCCCUAUUAUUCUGCCCUACCCCUAUAAGUUUUUGAUUCUUUAGGAGCUAGGAUGAUCAUGUGUUAAAACAAGGCCCAUGUAACAUGGAAUAGAUUGUAUGAAAUUAAGAGGCAUUGGAAAAUAGAGUGAAGCAACUCUGUGUUGAACAGUCUUCUGCUGUGUGGGCAGACCUGACUUGGUGUCAUAGGGACUCCUGUUUAAACCUUGUAAGUUGUCCCUGCUGUUUUAAUGGCACGGUAUUUUCAGAAAUAACUGUAAUACAUACCUGCUAGAUCAGUAUUUGUGUGACUGCUUUUACUAUGCGUGGUUAUUGUUUAUAAAUCUCUGAUCAGAUUGGUUUUGCUUAUUGCACUUCAGCGUAUAGUGCAAAAGUACAAGACAAAUUUCAAGAAAUAAUACCCAAGGGUAUGUUCGAAGAAACUAGUUGAUAUCUAUGGUCAUACGUCAACAUAAAGAAAUGGACUUAGAUUUCAUAUCGAACACACUACCUUAUUCUUACACUCUUCUUUACUGGAACAAAUUUUAGACAGGAAGAAGGAAUUUAAACAAGGCAAUCUCUCACUGAUUUGUAACAUUCAGCCUCAUGUACCUAAUAGACAGUAUUCCUCCAAAAAUAAAAGAGGUAUUGUAAAUCUUUCACCUACACGAAAUCAGGAAAACUCAGCCAUAAAAAACUACUAUAAACAUUGAGUCAAUUAACGAAUCACCCUCAAGAAUCAAACCAAGGCAUCAGAUCACCAUUCCAGAAAGCUUGUUCACCAAUAAUUUGAUGUCCGCAAAGCCCUGGGGCCAAUGGAAUCACUCUGAAUUUACACCAGCAUAAGUGAGAGCAGAAUGUUUCCAUAAGGUCCAGUAUACUCCUAGUACAAUGUUUUGGAGGGAAAGAAAACAGAAGACCUUAGGACACAUAUUAAUUAUUAACCCCGUCAUGUAGUCACUACACAUGCAUCAGUAAACAGGGUGCUGAAUGUAACAAUCUAAAUGGAGCCGAACACCUCAAAACAUAUCAAGGAAAAUAACAGAAAGAUCUUUGGUAAUAUAAAAAAUAACCAGACAAAAUGGGCCUGAUUCUCAGUUAUUCCAUUCCUGCAUUUAGAUAGGGAUUGGAGGGAAAGUGAGGAGAAAUGUGGCUUAAAACUUCCUUUGUAUUUCCCGUAUACGGGUUUGCUCACAACGUAAAUUAGAACAGUCUCUUGGAAUUGUAUGUAUGCAACUUCUCUUAGGAAUUGUAUGUCUUCCUUUCAUCUUCAGACAAGGUUGUUGUUGGCAACCAUGCCAGUCCUGUUGGCACAGAAAAUGAGUGUACCAUUUGUUGGAGGAGGUGAAUUUGUGCCUGUGUAGAGUUAUUGAUCCAAAUAUGUAAUGUUUUUUUUUUUAUCUAAUGUGACAGACCCAGGUCAGUGGGGUACAGGAGUCUGGUAGUGGGCAAAUAUACUGGUCACUGGCUGAGUAGUUUUCUGUUCCCUGAGUCACCAGAGGCAGACAGACUGAUUAGAACACCUUCAGCCAAUCAAGGCAGGCUAAUCAGGGCACCUAGGUUUAAAAAAGGAGCUCACUCCAGUCAGGGAGGGGGGAGCCAGAGGAGAGGAAGUGUGUGUGAGGAGCUGGGAGCAAGAGGCGCAAGGAGCUGAGAGUGAGAGGGUGUGCUGCUGGAGG